AUGUCUGUAGACAGCUCUCUUAAUGUAUGGAGAUAUCGUGUCCCAUGUUUAUUAGAACAUGGGACAUUAGAAAUACCUCAUUCAGGGACUUCCCUAGUGGUCCAGUGGUUAAGACUCCAGACUUCCAGUGCAGGCGGCUCAGGCUCCAUCCCUGGUCAGGGAACUAAGAUUCCACAAGCCCAGGUGGCCAACUGCUUUUCUUUUUUUAAAGAAAGAAAUGCAGAGAUCUCAGGCUGCCCCACACCUAAGUCAGAAUCUGCUUUAAAGAUUCCGGGGGACUUGUGUGCAUCUUACAGUUUGAGAGGUCUUCAACCUGAGAGUAGGCUGUCCGGAGGUGCCCAUUCUGCAGUCGCUGGCAGUUCUGAUGGUGUCUGA